UGAGCGGGGAGGAGGAGGAGGAGGGACCGCGCGGUGCGGGUCCCACUGUGGCGGCGGCAGGAGGCGGAGCGGGAGCCGGCGCGCGGUGUCCCCCCGCAGCCUCAUCGCUGGGCCCCGGCGGCGCUCCCCAUGCCCGUGUGGUGCUGCCGCUGCUCCCUGGCCGGUCACUUCAGAACUUACAGCGGCACUGAAACCGAAGGACAGCUUUUGAAUUCCUUUGUUCAGUACUUUGGUGACAGCCUUGGGAGGAAGAUUAAAAGAAUGCCUUUAAUUGAAGAAACUGUUCUGCCUGGGGACUCCCUUCUUACCCUGCCUGUAGUAAUAAUAGGAAAUGGACCUUCAGGAAUUUGCCUUUCUUACCUGCUCUCUGGAUACAGGCCAUAUUUGUCUCCUGAGGCUAUACACCCAAACCCCAUUCUACAUACAAAGUUAGAAGAAGCUCGACAUCUUUCCAUUGUUGACCAAGAUCUGGAGUACCUGUCAGAAGGGCUGGAAGGACGCUCCUCAAACCCAGUUGCAGUGCUUUUUGAUACCUUGCUUCACCCGGACGCUGACUUUGGCUAUGACUACCCGCCUGUUCUGCACUGGAAGUUGGAACAGCAUCAUUACAUUCCCCACAUAGUGCUUGGAAAAGGACCACCUGGAGGGGCCUGGCAUUCCAUGGAGGGCUCUAUGCUAACCAUCAGUUUUGGAGACUGGAUGGAAUUGCCUGGCCUCAGCUUUAAGGAGUGGGCAGCUAGCAAACGCAGAAAUAUAAAGACUGAUCGAGUAAUGCCAGAGGAAAUAGCUUGUUAUUAUAAACACUAUGUUAAAGUCAUGGGCCUCCAAAAGAAUUUCAGAGACAAUGUUUAUAUAACAUCAGUGUCCAGGCUUUACCGAGAAAAGGAUGAUGAAGGUAGGAGUCACCAAAAUGAAGAUAUUUCAACACAGCAUUUGGAAAUGGAAGAUGGACAGAAAUCACUUGUUAAGAGAAACUGGGAAGUCAGAGGUUAUCAGCGAGCAACAGAUGGCUCUCAUGUGCCCUUCUGCCUCUUUGCUGAGAAUGUGGCUCUUGCAACUGGAACCUUUGAUUCUCCUGGCCGACUGCAAGUUGAAGGAGAAGACUUUCCUUUUGUCCUCCAUUCCAUGUCUGACUUCGGAGCCGCAAUCAGCAAAGGAAAGUUACGUGGGAAGGCAGACCCUGUGUUGAUUGUGGGUGCUGGACUAACAGCAGCUGAUGCAGUGCUAUGUGCCUAUAACAACAACAUCCCCGUAGUCCAUGUGUUUCGUAGAAGAGUUACCGAUACAAGCCUGAUUUUCAAACAGUUGCCUAAAAAGCUUUACCCUGAAUACCAUAAGGUCUAUCACAUGAUGUGUACUCAGUCCCAUACCGUGGACUCUAACCAACAUUCUGCUUACACUAGUUUCCCUGAACACAACGUACUUUCCUUCAAGCCUGAGAUGAAAUGUGUUCUUCAGAGUGCCUCCGGACUGAAGAAAAUUUUGAAGUUUUCUGUAGCCUUAGUUCUGAUAGGUUCUCACCCAAAUCUUUUCUUUUUAAAGGACCAAGGACAUAGCAUAGGUCAUCACUCUAAUCAGCCCAUCACAUGCAAGGGGAAUCCUAUAGAGAUUGAUCCGUACACGUACGAGUGCACUAAAGAAGCCAACCUCUUUGCUUUAGGGCCUCUGGUGGGAGACAACUUUGUACGGUUUUUAAAAGGAGGUGCACUGGGCAUUGCACGAUGCUUGGCAAUAAGACAGAAGAAGAAACAUGAAUUGAUUGAAAGUGGGGAUGGAGGAGGUGAGGGGGUACCAUAAAUGAGACAUUAGAAACUCUCACAUCCAGGAUUACAGAUGUAGUCUUAACAGAAAACUCACUGGCAGCAAAAGUUGAUAGCAGUCACAUUUCUGUUGUGUACAAGUUACCUGCGCUUGUAUUGCUUGGUAAAGGAUAUUACAAUACUUCACUCUUUAAAAAUACAAAAAAUUGAUCUGCUAUUUCAACUGAUCUCAACUGGAACUGCUUCCAGAUAAACAGAAAAUGAGACUAACUUAUAUUGGCCUGCCUGUCUGUCAUCUCUUGCUCAACUACAAGAGCAGGCUUCGUUUGUGAAAGGCAAUGCCUACCAGAGUGAUUUUACAUUUUAGUGUCAAAUGUGACAAGAAUGCUCUUACCAUGCAAUUGAAAUAACUUCUAAAAGCAGAAAGCUUGUUUGUACAAAGUGAUUCUUUGUCCCAAAGCAAAUUUGGAGCCUUCUGCUUGAAACAAGGAUUUUAUUUAUUUGCCACAGUAAUACUUGGAAUGAGCACUUAGUAAAAUGGUUUCUACUAUAAGAAGGACUUCUGUAAGCAAGAAGUAUUCCUCAACAAGUUUUAAAUUAUCCUGGUAAUUGGAAUAAAAGAAUAAGCAUUCCCAUUUAAUCUUAAAUGAUAUGACACAAUCCAUUAAUGUUUCUUCACACUAUGCCUAGACUUGGGUGAGUGCACAGACUAACAUGAGAUGUUUCCCUACAGUGACAUGUACAUUUCUGAGAAUACGCAUUAACAUAAACAAUAAAGUACUGAUGUAAGUGCUCUUAUUACAGUGUCAAUAUCAUGAAUAUCUAGUGUACUACUGAAAAAUUAGGUACAUGAGAAAAUGAAGGGGUUUUUGCUUCCAAGAUCAGGAAGACUGAAUGGGAUCACUUUGCUGAUGAAGGUGGGGCGGGUGAUAGAUACUCUCUCAUUUGACCAAAAAUGGGUUCUGGUUUUUUUUUUUUUUCUAGAGCAGCACAUGAUAGUAAAAUAUUUUAGCCUGCAGUUUUUGAAACUUAAGAAAGGCUUAUAUCUUACAGCCACCUAAAAAACAAAGCAAUUUCAAAACAAACAUGCAAUAGUUCCUUUAAAUCUUAAAGCUUUUAGUGAAAGACAAAGACUUAACUUGUACCUACCUCUGAAUGCAAGUUUCAUCUUUCCGCUCCAUAAUGUAAGACCUAGAUAUCAUUUGCUGGGUUUUACAGUAGUUAGUUCAACUAAACACACUGGUAUUUACUGUCAUGAGGUUAUUUACUGUCAGGAGGUUAAGUUAGGAAAGUGAAUUCCCAGAACUCUCAAUAGACAAAAGUGAUUGGUCUUGAAUGUUUCUUUACCAAAUGUUUUCAUUCAGGUCCAGUAUGAUGGAAAAGGUGUUAUUUUUCUGUUUGGGUUUUUUUUUGUUAAAGAAUGUCGUGUUAGUUUCAAGUAUUCUGUUUGCGUGAUUAAAAAUCUCCAUAUUGAACUUCAGCAGAUUUCAAAAAGGAAGUUAGGCUUUGUGAAACUGCUAGUGGUUGCUGGUUUCCCAACUGCCUUAACUUUCAUAAAUGGUAGAUAGCUAUAUUCAAUAAAUGCCUGUUUUCUGUGCCUACUGAAUUACAGGGUUCUGUGGCUACUGCAGAUCUUUAUGCAUCUGAGUAAGUUACUCAGGAUUUGGACAUAGAAGUUGAAAAGGUAAAGGAUGCAAGGAUUUUCAGUGGAAGUCCAAAAUAAUUUAUUAAAUUACGCUACUAAUGAUAAUAAAUUUUAGCCUAGAGCCACUGAACAGCAUAAACACAAACAAAGGAGCUUUUCCAUCAAUUUCUGCAUUGCCCACAUGGUUGGCUUUUGCCAUGCAUUGUCAGUACUAGUUAAGAUACUUUUUUAUACUGAUAUUGAGCUGAUUUUAAUUCCACUAAAGUCUAAGCUUGUUUUCUUCAUAUUUUAAUUGCAAUUCUACAAUUUGCCUUCUCUGGAAGAAACCCUGUAUAUAGACACCAAUUCUAAACCUGUGAUACCUAAUCAUUUUAACUGUUAUAAGUGCUAAAUACUUGAUUAUAGAAUUUUAUUGCAGUUUAGGUAUUGGGAAUACAUUUGCACUGUGACUAAAUUCCUGCAGUUUUGUGUCAAUAUUAAUGUCCAAAUACAACACAUGGCAUGUUACUGCUUUUUCAUAAAUCACAGGAGACAUUUAAAAUGCCAGCAAAAAAAGAGAUUUACUUAGCAGUUAUUUUGCAAAAUGGGGAAAAAACCUUCAGCCCCUUUUUGAGCUUCAGCUGCUGCAGCCACUCACAAGCUGUGUGUUGUAGUGACAGUUUUGCAGCAGAGAUCUUUGACCUAUUCUUACUCAAGUAUCUUUCACUGCAGUCUUACAGCACCUUGAGGUUUAACUGCUUUUUUUUUUUCCAUCAAUCAUGCCAGUAUUUUUGAGAUAAAAAGUUGCCUGUGAGACCCCCUAGUUGGGCAGAGAAAACUCAGUGGGUCAUGUCUAUUACGCCAGUGUAAAAAUACAUUUUUCAACCAAAGUUUGCUGAAAGAUCAUCUUGUGUCUUCUAGGAAUUGCUAGAUUUCAAGUUGUAGCUAGACUUUUUAAUUUUUGCUUUUCUGAUUUUGAGAGAAAUUUCUGUUUCUCUCCUGUUUAGUAUUUUGAGGAACUAGGUGAUAGAGAAGUUCGGGCUUUACCUUAAGAUAGUUUUACCUACUGCAUUUAUUGUGAAUUAGAUGUUGGCACUGAAUAGUUGUCUUUUGGGGAAACACCUUGUUUCUCAGAUUAAAAAAAAGCCCAAACAUUUGAAUUUCUUGUGUAAUAUAAUAAUUUACAGAAGGAAGACUGUUUCUUUCAGCUCUUCUUUCAUUGAGAACAAUAAACUUUUAAACAUUGUGUAUUUUAAAAGGGUACUUCCUACUUAAAAUUUAUCAUGAAAAUGCAGACAGGAAGAACAUAAUUUUUAGCUGAAGUAAGUUAAUUUGGAUUUACAGAAUUUUUAAAGCUGUGUUAACUCUUACUGUGUAUUUUCUAAUAGGGUAGUGGAAAAACAGCUUUUACAUUUGGAUUUGGCUCUUAAUGCUGUGAAUGUGUCUUCUAGUUAAAUUAUUGCUAUGAGUAUUUCAAGUGUCCAGAUGCUGAACUGGGAGUAAGAUUUCUCCUACUAGAUUUUGCUAACAAUCUGACUCUUUCCAGUACUUCUUCUGACUGAAUUGUACUUAAUUUUUUUUCCACACAGGAGUAAGCCUAAGUUUCAUCCAAGUGAGUAAACACAGCAAUCCUUUCUGCAAGUAAUCCAGAGAGAGUGGUGACAACACCACUGGAUUCUUCUCUCUCUCAGGAAAGUGCUUUCUUGGACUAGAAGGCUGAGCUUGCCAGUGACUGCAUGAAAAGAGUAUGGCUCCCCAGUGGUUAUGCACUGAGAAAGGGACACCAAAGUGCAUCCCACAGCUCCAGGUCCCUCGUCCUCAGCCCUUGGGGAAUUCUUGUAUUUUACUUCUGGCCUGGUGGAUGUAGGCAACUUCUUUUUAGUAAUUUCAUAGAGUGAUGUUUGCAUAAUGAAAAAUACUCAUUUUGUAGAAGGAGGUGGCUAUAGCUUCUUUCUCUCACAACUCAAGAACUGAAAAGAAAGCUAGAGCCAGAAGUUCAGAGUAUUUACUCAAAGCUGGAGGAAAUCAAACUAAAGCCUCAACUUUGAGAGAGGCCUGACCUGCAUAGCCAGUUGAAAGGAAGUGCCAUUUUUAGGACAGAUCUUAAAAGAGAAUGAAAGGGAGUAAAAUUUGCAAACUUGUAGUGAGUCUUCACAGCUGACAAGUGAUGCCGAGUGAGGGGUGAUGGGAGGAAAGCAGUGAGGAACAUGUGCAGUGUGGAGUGCAGGUGUACAGGUGCUGAAGUGCCAAUGGGGGGGGUCCCCCCUCCUGGGGGGGAUGUGGGGCUGUGACAAGAGCUCUGCAUGGGAGCUGUUCCUCCAAUGCCCACCUGGGAUUUGUAACGUGUGUGAGAAAUUGUCUUUGCUGACAAAGCUGUAGGACCCGAUCAGCGACAUGUGGUGCCAAGAGAUCAGGCUGUGUUACUCUGCUACCGUAUUUUCUACUUCUGAGAAGCAAGCAAGUAUAUUUUGUAAUAGCAGGAUCCUGACAGUGCUCCCAGACAUUUCUAAACAGGAAGAGGUAGCACACAUAUGCUUUAAAGGCAGCUGAUUUUAUUACUGUCAAUAUAGUAAUGAUUUAAUUUUGAGUAAGUUAGGGAACCAAAAAUGCCAAAAGGUUUAUACUGUUACAUCCUAAUUUAGAUAAUCUAUUAGAACAUUACAACAACAAUGUUCUGUCAUAAUUUUUCAGUUCUUAUUUUAGAGUGAGAGCAAGCCAGGAGCUUGCUCUCACUCUAAAAUAUUUUCCCCAUUUCUCCUUGCCCAACCUGAAAGAAAAGUCUUGUUUGAAAUAACUAUAACAGUUGAUUUUACUCAGCAGAAAGAAUGGAAAUUGAAGCAUCUUUGACAGAAAAAGAAAGGCUUUGGUGACGUUAGGGGCAUUGGGGGUACAAACCUGAAGUAAGGAGUUAUAAAUAGCUCUUUUUCUGAAACAGAGUGUAUUUUUGGGAAUAUGGCAUGCUGGGAGUUUCAUUUUAAUUUAUUUUUGAAGCUUGAAUUACAUGGAGAAUUGUGUGGUCAAGGAUGAAUUUGGUCUAAGGAACAAGGAUUAUAGGCAAGGGGAAAAGCAUUUCUAGUGUUAUUUAGUAGCUGUAGUGAAUCUAAUUGCUAUUUUAAAGAUGGUUUUGUCUACAGAUACUAGAACAUUUCAGCUCAAACAUACCUUGAACUUGGGUUCAUAUUAUACCUGUCUGCAUGUUAGGUAAUUUUCUAACUGAUAAUUUUGUACUUUCAAGGCAUCAUAAACCAACUCUUAAAAUCUUGGUGUAAGUAAUAGUCAUCAAAACCAGGAAACAACUUGUUCUGAAGACUAAGUAACUAAUUUGCACAUUCCUCCUCCCUCUCUUUAUUCUGAGAUCACUGGCAGUAAGUGCCAGCCUACAGUGGAUGCUUCAAUAAACUGUCCCUAGACACCCUCUGUAGACUUACAUGGCAGCAUAAAGAAAAUUUAACAACUAGGUUUGCUAUGUAUUCACAAAAUCCUAUAGAAUCCUGGCAUUUUUUAGGUUGUCCUUUAACUAGGUAAACGAGUAUUUUUCAUUGGUUUGGAUGCUAGGACCAGCUGCUACAGUGAGUUAUUGUUUGAGAACUGAUCCUGCUACCUUACAUCUCCCUGGCACAAUUUACUGAGUCAAUACUCUGACCUUGGCCAUUUCUGUUAGACCUGCUAUGCUGGUUGUAUGCUGGAAUUCCAGUUUGAAAUUACAUAAAGGACUGUAUUCAUCUACCUAUGUUUGCUCACACACAAUGCACCUGGACUUGGAGAUAUGUGUAAAUAUAAUUUCUUUUUGUGUGGCAGUGCCAGUUUUCAUCUUUUGCUGGAGUAUGCUUGCAUCAUACUUAUUUUUAUGAUACAGAACAUUUUCUGUAAGCAACUUGUGAGCAAAACCUCUCUUUUGAUGAUAAAUAUUCCUGUGGUUUGCAUGCUAGGCUUGUUUUAUCUUAAUUUGUGAAAACUGAUUACAGACUGAAGACAAAAAACAGUGUCACCUAGAAGUCAGUUAUUUUGAUUUUGAGAAGUAAGGAACUCAAGUCGAAUGAAGGAUCAAACUGCAGAGGAGAAAGCAGUCAGAGAGCUGCAGUGUUCAGAAUGAGGGAGAAGUGUUUUGCAUGGAUCUGGUACUGAAACCAAUGACUGACAGAUUGCAGUAGUAAAAGCUACAGCAGAGCAGUAGGGGCAGAGCGCUAAAGCAAGUGGUAGAGAGAGUUGCUAGUCAGGGAUAUCUGAUGUCGUGUAGCAUUUCUGUAACUAUCUCACUGGAAUGUGAUGAUGAUGGCAAUCAAAGAUUGUAAGAGGAAGAGGAAGGAAUAAUGGUAAGGAAGAGAGAGGGUUAAUUUUUUGGGCACAUUUGUCUUGAAUUCUAAGGAGAUACCAGAACACCAACACAAUUGGAAUUUGAAAAUCAAGCAAAAAUCAGUUUACGAAUUUGUGAGUCAAACCAGAUGUGGCCAAAUGUGGCUGAGGAUUAAUUCAAGAAAGGGAAAAGAGCAAGAGAAGAGGGUGCAAGACUCCCUCCAGUUUUAUGGGAGAGGGAGAGACAGGAAAAUAUGGACUGAGAAAUCAUUUGUAUAACAUGGGCUGGAGCAAGAUGGGGAGUGGGUUAGAGGUAGGUCUACAGUAGAAGCUUCAGCUGCUGUCUCAGGAUUUAAUGUGGAAUAGAGCCUAUCACACAUCAGGAAUGAAGGCAAGGAAGGGACUUGGCAUUUCAGAGGAAGGUGAUGGGGAGGUGGCUGGAUGGAGGAGCUCAAGCUGACUGCAAACACAGUUUCCACAUAUAGGAAUGGGCGCAAUGACAAAGGAGAGGCCAGCCCUGACGCACAACCGCCACCGCUCUGGGGAAGAUGGGGGAGUUAAGGGAAGGAGAAAAAAAGGACAGACUCAGAGAUGUGAAUGGACAGAAAUAGAAAUCACACUUUAACAGUGUGAAUAUCUCAGUUGUCUUCACCAAAAAAAACCAAACCUGUGGCUUCCCCAGUUGAUGUAGAAAAUGGGAAGUCAGCUGAAAUUGGUGUGAAGUAAAUUGAAAAUUAAACAGGUUUUUAUGCAGGGAUACAGCACCUAUCCACAGUUUUAGCAGUACCUAGAGUGAUUCAAUCUGCUUUAAACUGUUUUCAUCAGCUAAGCUGCUGAAUGCAAGACUGUAUGUUAAGAGCCUUGCUAAUAAAAAGUUUAUUUAGUUUA